AUGUUAACAAUCAUUGCGAUUCUUUGUACAAAUAAAUUACAGAUUACAGCAAACUAUUUCUUAGUGAAUCUGGCCAUUUCCGACAUUAUUGUUUGUUUAAUUGCCGAGCCGUUCUACAUGCUGGCAUUGUAUCACCGCAAAUGGCCGUUGUCCAAAGAAUUCUGUGCUGCUGUAGGUGCUAUAUCAGCCAUUUCUAUGGGAGCUUCGGUCUUAAAUCUCCUGGCAAUAUCACUAAACCGUUACAUUUGUAUAGUAAAGAACAUGUACUAUGCCAAACUAUAUAGCAAUCGACGUACAGUGUUGUACUGUGUAGCCGUCUGGAUUGCAUCCUUAAUCUCAGUAUCACCAACGAUUGCUGGCGUAGGUGAAUUUGGAUUCAACAAGUAUUUUUUAGUUUGUGGAUAUGCAAUGACAGAAGAAACAUGGAAAUGUCAGGUUGGUGAAAUGGUUGUAAAGUUCAUUGUUGCUAUUUCAACUAUUUUCUUCUGCUACUUUAAGAUCCUAAAAGAAGUGUGCAAGAGUUCAUGUCGUAGUAAUAAACAUAAAGGCAGCGACACCAGCCAGAGGAAGCUAAGCGGUAACGAA